UAGAAAGAGCUUGAGCCAAGUUCCCAGAUCCUCGUUUUGGCCAUCAGACAAAAGCACUGGUCUCUGAAAACAGCCAGGUAAUUGUGUCAGAAGUCAAAAUGGGGCUCAGAGUGCUAGAUAUGUUGGGGUUUUUGCUCCUCUUGUCAGGUGGAGCUCUCUCCUCCACACAUAACUGGCUUAACUACAUUAGUAACAGCAAUGAGACUCUGAACCAAAUCCCUCAAGAGCCAGUGAGAACAGCCUCGCAGCUCCCGAGAUCACCGCACACGUCAGUUCAUCAAUCAAAGCAGACGGAGCAAAGGAAUCCACUCCAUUUUCCCAAGAGCUACCAGCUCAGGAAGCCAGCUGUCACGGUUCAAAACCCACAGAGACUGGAAGCCAGAAAACUGACCUCAGAGCAGCCCGAGCUGAGGCAGACCGUCCAAGCGGCACCGGCGGCCAACUACAGUCCACAGCAACCCGGCCAAGCUCGGCUGCCGUUUGAAGCGAAGGCGCCGGUUCGAAGCCCGGGCCUGAACCCCGCGGUCAAGCAGGAACCAAAGGUGCUGGUGAGGUUCGAGCAGCGGGUGCCUGUGCCGGCUGACAGCGUGGCGGUGCGCUGCGGCGAAGGAGGGGUCACCGUAGAGGUCAAACAGAAUUUCCUAGGAAAUGGUCAGCUGAUCAAUCCAAGAGAUCUGACGUUGGGAGGCUGCGCCGCACUGGACACGUCCGACCACAUACUGUUGUUCCAGACAGAGUUACAGGGCUGUGGCAGCAUAAUUACGGUGACUGAAGAAGCCCUCAUCUAUGCCUUCUCGCUGAUCUACUUGCCCACACCCAUUCGUAACACAGUCAUCUUGAAGACCAACCCUGCCGAGGUCGUAAUUGAAUGCCACUAUCCAAGGAGGCAGUUUGUGAGCAGCGAUGCUGUUCAGCCUGCCUGGAAGCCGUUCGCCUCCAACGUGUUAGCAGAAGGACAGCUGCACUUCUCCCUGCGUCUCAUGACAGAGGACUGGCAGUCAGAGAGGCCUUCCAGCGUUUACUUCCUGAGUGACGUGAUGCACAUCGAGGCGUCCGUCCUCCAGGCCCGCCAUGUUCCUCUGAGGCUCUAUGUGGACGGCUGUGUGGCCGCACCGGACCCCAGCCCCGACUCUCAACCCAGAUACCCCUUCAUCACCAACCACGGGUGUUUAACUGAUGCUAAGCUGACGGGAGCCAAGUCCUACUUCAUGCAGAGAAGCCAAGAGGAUAAACUCCAGUUCCAGCUAAAGGCCUUCAGGUUCAAGCAGGAUCGCAGGACUUCACUCUACAUCACGUGUCAUCUGAAGGCAACAACUGUCUCCGUCCCCGUCGACUCAGUCCACAAAGCCUGUUCGUUCCUCACUGAAGCCAACAGAUGGGUGGCAUCGGGUGGAGACAACAAGGUGUGUAGCUGCUGUGAGACCAGUUGCACCGACCAGAGGAGGAAAAGAAGCCUUGCUGCAGACACAGAUCUGCAGUGGGAGGGGACGGCUGCUCUAGGCCCCAUCCUGGUCCAGGAUAAUAUGCUGCUAGAGGAGCUUAUGGAGCUGUCAGAGUUUCCUCCAGAGCCAGCUGCUCUGGUGCUGACACAUCAAGUGACCCCAGCAGCCUCCUCUCCGUCCCCUUCCCUGCUGUGUGGUGUGGCUGCAGCCCUGGGCGUGGUGCUGCUGCUCUGCAUGGGUGCCGUCAUUUACAGCCGACUCCGCAAACCCACUGGCCACUCUGUUGUUACCUGAUUUAGAGCAAUAAAAUGUUUCUAUGCAG